ACUUCGCGCGUUGCUGCGGACGGAGGAGGCUGUGCGUUCACACCCACAUUCAACAGGCACCGGAUCACAGCUGGUUUACGCACGGACUGGAGAGCAGUCCAGAGCGACUGCAGACCGACAUCGAGGAAGAUGAGGACUCUUUAAUUUGCGCGCAAUGGCGCCUAUGCGCAAAUCCUUUUCUGCCAAUCCAGAUUUGCGCUUCAAUAAGUAGAUUAAAGGACAAAAUAAUAAUAAAAAACAACAUAUAUUGAUAGAUUAGAUCUUAACUAAGUUCGGAUAAAAGCAGAGGAGGAUGGGUACCCCACACAACGGAUCCAAUGUAACAUCGAAUUACACCAACCAGUUCGUGCAGCCGCCGUGGCGCAUCGCUCUCUGGUCUGUCGCUUACAGCUCCGUGCUGGCGGUGGCCGUGUUUGGAAACCUCAUCGUGAUAUGGAUCAUUCUCGCCCAUAAGCGGAUGCGGACGGUGACCAACUACUUUCUGCUUAACUUGGCCUUUUCGGACGCGUCGAUGGCCGCUUUUAACGCUUUGAUAAACUUUAUCUACGCUGUCCAUGGAGACUGGUACUUCGGGGAAGCCUACUGUAAAUUCCAAAACUUCUUCCCAGUGACAUCUGUGUUCGCAAGCAUCUACUCCAUGACUGCAAUAGCUGUGGACAGAUACAUGGCCAUCAUCCACCCACUGAAGCCCCGUCUCUCAGCAAAGGUCACCAUGGGAGUCAUCGUCAGUAUCUGGAGCCUGGCAGUGGUACUGGCUUUCCCUCUGUGCUAUUUCUCCACCACUCGAGCUCAACCCCACAGAACCAUCUGCUAUGUCGCCUGGCCUCGCAUGGAAGAUGACCCCUUUAUGUAUCAUAUCAUAGUGACUGUGCUACUGUAUGUGCUGCCCUUGGUGGUGAUGGGCAUCACUUACACCAUCGUGGGGGUGACACUGUGGGGUAGUGAGAUUCCUGGAGACUCAUCUGACAAUUAUCAUGGACAGCUCAAAGCUAAAAGGAAGGUGGUAAAGAUGAUGAUCAUUGUGGUGGUGACUUUUGCCCUCUGCUGGUUGCCGUAUCAUCUCUACUUCAUUGUGACCGGUCUCGAUAAACGCCUGAUGAAGUGGAAGUACAUCCAGCAGGUUUACCUGUCAGUGCUGUGGCUGGCCAUGAGCUCCACCAUGUAUAAUCCUGUUAUCUACUGCUGCCUCAACAGCAGGUUUCGAACCGGCUUCAAGAGGGCAUUUCGCUGGUGCCCCUUCAUCAAGGCAUCCAGCUACGACGAGCUGGAAUUGCGUUCAAUACGACUGCACCAAACACGCCAGAGUAGCAUGUACACGCUGACGCGGAUGGAUACCACCAUGGUUGUGGUCUACGACCCUGCUGAAGGCAAUGGCGGUGCAGGAGGAAGCGAGCGCGCCCUGCCUGUCAGGAAGAGAAGCUACGUCACGUCACGCCAGUCGGAGAUCCUUGCCUCCAGUGGUGCUGGUGCAGGAUCACAAAAUGGGGUCGCACCGAAAGCCGAAAUUGAGGAAUUUUCUUGAAGAGCACAUUUGCUGAGAUCCACAUAAAAACCUCAUAUAUAUAUAUAUGUACAUGUUUGUGUGUGUGUACGUAAAGAAAUUUAAACAGCGUAGGCUGUUCAAACACAGGCACAUGCUGCAGUAGCUUGGCUCAGACGCUGCAGUAUGUCUAGAAUUAAACGUGGACUCCUCAGCAUGUAGAGAGGCUGUGCAAACCAUAAUAAUCAUCUGACUACUUUCUCAGCCUAACAUGCAGUCCUGACUGCAUUAUUUAAAUAGCCGCUGCUGUUCAAAUGUUAGUUUAAAAAUCCCCACAGUUGAUAUACAAUAUCCUCAAUUAAGACUUCCUUAAUCAGCAUUAGAACCUGUGAAAAAAAAAAUCUGAAAGUACAUAUUAGCAGUUAUGUACGAAUGAAAUAUUUUAUACAUUCCACUGUAAAAACUGUGAGAUAAUGUGAUUUGCAGUACACGUUCUCCAGCUGUUCACCCCGUGGCCAUGCAUGGCCGCACAUGGACAAGCCUCUGCAGAGUUAUCAGUGGAAAAGCUGCUGACUGAACUCUGCUUAACUCCAUAUGUGGCUCUGAGUUUAACUCUCGGUUAUAUAACAAUUGAACGGGAUGUGCCCCGCUAACUGGCAAAAAGCCAGUGGUGAAAUCUAGUAUUCAUUUGCAGCUCAUCAAUACACAGGCUGAGGGACAGUCUUACUGACGGGAACCUAACAAACCCGUCCAGAGCUGAGUUUUCCAGUGAAGUGAAUUUCCACAGUUAAGUGCAGCUCGUUUCUUUCGAUGGUUUUUGCAGUGAAUUCUCAGAAAGCCUUAUGGUUUUGGCUCGUUGUUGCAAAUGCAGUAUUACUAGAAUGUGUUAUGCUAGAUGAAUAGUUCAGUAGUUGGAACUUAUAUUGAAUCAUGUUAAAAGUGAGACAAUUUUAACAAGAUUUUUGGGCAAAUAUUGUUUAUGUUUAGGUUUACUAUCAUUUUUUUGUACUUAUAAAACAAUCAUGGGGCAGAUUCGAUAUUUUCUUUACUUGUUUGUACCCAGUAAAACAUGUUGGCUUUAACA